AUGAUCACGUUUGCUCAGUACAUGCAAGGAGGCACGUUUGGCAAAGCAGUUCAAAUGGCUGAAGAUGUGACAGAGCUUGGCAGAAGGUGUGCUGCUGCGGGCAGAGACGCCUCGGACUGCCUGAAGCCGGUGGACAGGGUUUUCCUCGAUACAAUAUGCCAGGAAGAAAAUCUUCCCAGGUUUACUGACUGCUGUGCUAAAAAGGAUCCUGAUAGAAAUGACUGCUUCCUCUCCCUUAAAAAUUCGAGAGGGUCCCUUUCUCCUUUUGAAUGGCCAAAUGCUGAAGCUGCCUGCAAAAAUCAUUCCCAGCAUCAACAUCCACUAACAGGAUAUUUUAUCUAUGAGGUUUCCAGCAGGCAUCCUUUCCUCUAUGCCCCAACGAUCCUUUCUGUUGCUGUCCUGUAUGCUGAGAUGAUGAAGAACUGCUGUGGGGUUGCUGAAGGGCCCUCUCAUAACCUGGAGGAAUGCUUUCAGAGACAGGCACCAAAGGUGGUGAAGCCAGUAAAAGAAGACGGCCUGAGGCAGGAGCGCACAUGUGGAAUCUUGUCAACGUUUGGAGAAGGGACCUUAAAGGCUCUGAAACUUGCUCAGAUAAGCCAAAAAUUCCCAAAAGCUGAUUUUGUUACUGUUGACAAACUUGUGGCGGAUAUUGCUAACAUGCACAAGGACUGCUGUCGUGGAGAUAUGCUACGCUGUAUGCAUGGCAGGGAAGAGAUUCUACAAUAUGUUUGCACCAACCAAGACAUCCUAUCAAGCAAAAUUAAGAAGUGCUGUGAAAAGCCUCUGUUUCAAAGAAGCGAAUGCAUAGUUAACGCAGAAAAUGAUGACAAACCCGCAGACUUGUCCCCCCACGUCAGGGAGUUUAUAGAAGACAAAGGAAUAUGUCAGCGUUUUGCCCAGGAAAAGGACACACACUCAGCCAGGUUUCUGUACGAAUAUUCCAGGAGACACCCGGAAUUUUCUGCUCAAAUGCUUUUAAGAAUUGGUAAAGGCUACGAGGACCUGCUGAAAGAGUGCUGCAGAACGGGUGCUCCAGACAACUGCUGCAGCAGAGGGGAGGAAGAGCUGAAGAAAUAUAUUUAUGAAACGGAAAGUGUCAUGAAGACAAGCUGCGACAUUUACAAGGAGAAAGGGGAUUACUAUUUCCAAAACGAGUAUUACUAGCUGAUAAAGUUCACCAAGCAAAUGACUGCAAUCGGAUCCAAAUGCUGCCAGUUGAGCCGGGACAAGCUGCUGCCUUGUGCCGAGGAAAACGUGAGUAUUUUUCUUCCAUCUCUUCUGGAUCUCGUGCUUGGAGAAAUAUGUAGAAGACACCUGACUGAUCCCAUAAACCCAGGAGUUCACCACUGCUGUAGCAGCUCCUACGCUCUCAGGAGGCCAUGCAUGGGGAAACUGGAAAUGGAUGAGAAUUAUGUGCCCCUAUCAUUGACUCCUGGUCUGUUCACUUUCCAUGAAGACUUGUGUACGACUGAAGAGGAGAAGCUGCAGCACAAGAAGCAGGAGUAAGACAUGCCUGGUUUACUCUAUUACCCGAUGCUGGUCAACCUCAUCAAGUACAAGCCCCAGAUCACGCAGGAACAGCUGACCUCCGUCACGGCAGCUUUUGCUGCCAUGAGGGAACAGUGCUGCAAUGAGGAGAAUCGAGAGGCCUGUUUUGUGAAAGAGGGUCCAGAACUUAUAAAGAGAAGUGAAAAAAUGUUGUCAGUGUAG